AUGCCUAGAGGACGACGUGCGAACAUCGGCCGCCGCACAAGACAUGCAAGCCAGCAACAAGUGUAUUCACAGAACAUAAGCGAAGAAAGACAAAAUAUAAUAAGAGAAAAUGCCCGAUUGAGACAACGCGUGAGCACACGAAGAUCAUUGGCAUCAUACAAUCGCUUGGCAUUCCAAUAUGAUCCCACUGCGAACUACAGGUAUGAUGAAAAUUUAGAUAUUGGACCAAUGACGACUAUAUGCGGAUAUUGCAAUGCGUUAAAGUUCAAAAGAGAAACGGCUGGAUUGUGCUGCGCAAGUGGAAAAGUCAAACUGGAUCCAUUACUUACACCACACAGCCACUGA